GAUAAAAAUAUUUUUUUGUAUUAAAUAUACUCAGUACAUAGUACAGAUAUAAAUAAACCAUUGUUCGUUUGUAUUACAGUCGGCCAUAAGCCUCAAUUUAAAAAUCCAAAGACAUGACAAAAAGUUUGUACCGUUGGAAAAGAAGAUGAUGAUGGUGAUGAUGUUAAUGAUACUAAUUUUUUCCAUACGAUCAUUAUCCGUUAAUCGUUUCGCUUGUUUUUUAAUCCUUCCUACUUCUUUCUCCCUUUUUCAUAUAAACAUUUGACAACAUUUAUCUUGUUUGUACUGUUUCUCGUAUUUUUUUCAGUGCCAGUCCAACGGUUCCAUAACACCCGCAGUGUAGGUCUUACACGAUAGAAAAUAAAUAACAACCAUAAGUUUAUAAGACACAUCGAAGAAAGGUAAUCGGUUGUUUGCGGCACAUACCGUUAUUUAACUCGAGCGAAUAUUAUAAAAGGCCGCUCAACUCGCUCACAAGGUCAGUUUGGGUCCGAGGUUCGCCUAUUUUUCGUUUGAAAUGAAGUUCAAAAGUUUGUGUUUUAUUAUUUAUUUAUUUGUUGUCACUUACUCAGUACAGUCGCUGGUAAUCCCUGAGAAAAUAAAACCCGAUGCUGUUAAUUUUACGGGAUUACGUGAGUUUGAUGGUGUUCCUAUCGAAGCCAGUAGUGAUGUCGUUGACGCAGUCAUUGUCAAGGCCGUUGAAAUUCCUGAAGAAAAAGUAACUUAUGAAGGGUCACAAUUAUGGCGAGUACUCGCCGACAAUGAACAGGCCGAUUUUGUGUCUUUUCUUCAAGACACUGGAGAAGUUGUAAAGUGGACUGGAAAUGAUUCUACGGUUGAUGUCCUUGUCCGUCCAGAUAUGAUUCCACGUGUGUCACGUUUCUUACGCGAACGACAGGUUAAAUAUGAUGUCGUUAUACCUGACAUCCAACAAGCUAUAGAUCAAGAAAACCCGCAGCCGUCAGCAGAAGAAAUCGAAGAACUUGAAGGAAGAAAAGCUCGUUAUUCUUGGUGGAAGGAAGUCAAAUUACGGCGUAAUUUUAUUUUACGUCCUCGUGCUCCUCUUCGUUAUCCUGUAGCUAGUGUACAUGGUGAUGGAAAAGGCCUUUGGCAUUACAAGGGUCAUCGUAUGGAGUGGUCAAGUUAUCACCGCCUGGAAGACAUUCACGGUUUUCUGGACUACCUCGCUGACACAUUUCCUGAUUUAUGUUCAGUAAUGACGAUUGGAAAUUCUGUCGAAGGCAGAGCUCUUAAGGUCUUGCGCAUAAGUAAAGGCGAUCCAAAUGUGCCUGCGAUUUGGAUAGACGGUGGUAUUCAUGCUCGUGAGUGGAUUUCCCCUGCAUCCGUGACAUAUAUUAUAAAUUAUUUGGUCGAAAACAGCGAUGAGCUUCAAGCUGACUAUUACAUUUUGCCUGUUGUCAAUCCCGAUGGUUACGAGUAUAGUUUCCGAGGGGACAGAUUGUGGCGUAAAAAUCGUAGCAGUCCCGAAAAAGGUGGCGUAUGUAUUGGCGUAGAUUUGAAUAGAAAUUUUGGGUACCGAUGGGGAGGUCUCGGUACCAGUAAGCAACCAUGUAGAGAAAUUUUUGCUGGUACUGGGCCUUUUUCGGAGCCUGAAACAGCAGCAAUGAAAAAUUUCUUCGAAGCUAGUGCUGCUAAUUUCAAGGCAUAUUUAUCAUUCCACAGCUACGGUCAAUAUAUUUUGUAUCCUUGGGGCUAUGACAGAAGAGUGCCACCAGAUUACGCAGAUUUAGAACGUGUGGGACAACAAUCGGCCUCAGCAAUGAAAUCUGCUGGUGGUUCGGGUAGCGUUUAUACAGUAGGGAACAGUGCAACGACACUUUAUGCAGCUGCUGGUGGUUCUGAUGACUGGGCCAAGGCGAUACUCAAGAUCAAGUAUGCAUACACGAUCGAAUUGCGCGACAAGGGUAAAAGUGGCUUCAUAUUACCAGCUCGUUACAUAAUUCCCACUGCUAAAGAAGCACUUGCUGCUGUUUUAACAAUAACUGAAGCUUGUAAAUCUGUAUAAAUUUAUAUUUACACUAAUAUUUAUGUCUAUUUAUAUAAUUAUGGUUGGGGAGCUUGUGAUAAUUCAUUAUAAAUAUUUUCUAACGGUUAUUUAUAAUAUAAGUUUAAUUAUAAUUAUUUAUUGUGACUGUUUAUUAAUAAAUUUUUAAUUAAAAAAGAA